AUCGAGCCUGCCCGCCGAAUGGCCCGACAACCGUGUUGAAGAAGAAUAUAAAUCCCCUCACAGUCCAUUCCCAACUGUACUCCUUAACAACAGCAUCUACUACUACUAUCAUCUCCUCCCUCACUGCCACUGCAACGAAACAACCAAUCAAACCUGAGAAUAACCCCUGAAAAACCAAAAUACCAAAAUACCGAACACCAAAAUGAACAUCCUCCUCCUCCUCUUCCUCAGCCUCCUCCAACUCAUCAGCGCCGCGAAAUCCGGCACCUACAACGCCGGCUGGCCGGUGGCCGGCACCUGGGUGGCGACCGACACGGUGUUCGCGCGCGAGACUGGCAUCGACAAGUAUCGGUUCACCAAAGCGGACGGGAUCUUCUACACGUACCAGCUGGACAUCAACGUGGCCGAGGUGCAAGGGUCGUUCGGCAGCACCUACGUGUUUUAUGAAACGACGGACGAGUAUUACCUCACGGUCUUCACCCGCGGCGUGCACACAAUCAAUUUCAACACCCAGGAUCCGUAUAUCUUGCAGGUCAAGGUUGUCGAGGGUUAAGCUUGAUAAUAUCUGAACCGGGGGGUGAGGGUGCUGUUUUGAGGGCUGGUAUUUGUGGGUAGUUAUGGUAUGGGGGAGAGGGGUAGAAGGGUGAGAGGGCGGUUCUGCGUUUCUCAGCUGCAGUUUAACAUGAUAGUUGAUUGGGACUCGGACAUCCAACAUGCCAGAGUGGUGAUAGUUAUAUUUGCGGGUAGCACGGAAUCUGUUGUGGUGACUUUUGUAUACCCAGUUGACGAGAAGAUAGAAGAUUGAAUGUAUCAUCACCGAGAUAAUAAGAAGCAAGUUGGCUAUAUAAAUGAGUUGGCU